AUGAUAAGAAUCGAGCAUCAUCAUCAUCAAAAUGAGAAAUCACAACAAAAAAGUGGAAAAAGUAAAAGUAAGAACAACAACAAUAAUGGCACAAGUAGUGGCAGCAACACAAAAAAUAAGGCGACAAAAGAAAAUGUGUCAAACAACAACAACAACAACAAGAAAAGUCAUAAAAAAGUAGUAGAAGAAAGUGAUACAAACAUGCUAAAGACAAAGUUCGGUUACAUCAUUCACCAUAACAACCCAAAGCCCGAACGUACGCCAUACUCUGAGCUAAAAAGGCGCUUUCAUGCCUACGAAGCUGUCGUAGCGAAAGCCUUGAAGCAACAAAAGGUCUUCCGCAUCAUCAGUGCCUACGACGUGCCAACAAUUCGACGCGAACUCUACAAACGUGGAUGGGUCGAAACCGUUAUGCAUCCAUGGCAGAACGAGUACCAAAAGAUGACGGAUGCCGAGUUGUGCGAAAAAGCUGGGCCCGGAAACGAUUUCGAGCACGUACUUUUGUCACGCAUUACCGGCGAAAAAGCUGCCACAUAUGUAUGGCUGACGGCAAAUCAACUGUACACAAUUCACAAAAGAACGCCGUUACUGAGCAAGAUUAACAUUCGCGACAUAAAUUUCGGCGCCAAAGACGGCCUUUGCAAGUAUGUCGAGUUACUGAAGCACGACAAGGAGAAAAAGGCGAAAUAUCGUAUCAAUCAUCCGCGAGUGUACAAUGUAACAAACGACGAAGGCUUAAAGCACUUUUGGGAAGACUUUCAUUUGACAGCUGCUGUUUCAAUGAUCUUAUAUCUCGACACACGCGACAACAUUUACGAGUAUUUUUCGAUGCACAACGGGACCAUAGACCGCAAAAAUUUAGAUUUUGCCUUUAAAGUCAUCUUGAAACGUCUUGCGGAAUUUGAAGGGUCUUUAUAUCCCGAAACGCGGCCCGAAAACAUGCAUCUCGAAGAACAGUGUUUGGAAGAAUUACUCAAAGCACAUAAAUCUGUCGUUCUAAAUGGCGGAAGUUUCUUCGUCGAUAAUGACGAUGUCGAAACAUGUGCGCUCAAGGACGACUACGUGUGUCAGAUAAGUAUUUUAGCUGAAGAGAUAAGACGUCGAUGGAAAAUCAAUCGACACGAUGGCGUACGGAACAUUUGGCUGCUGAAGCCGUGCAACAGCUCGCAAGGACAAGGCAUCAUCUUGAGUAACGACAGACAAAAGAUUGAACAGCACCUGUGUAGCAAGGUGAAAUUUGUCAUUCAGAAAUACAUUGAGGAGCCGCUGCUGUGUUACAACACAAAAUUCGAUAUUCGUUCGUAUUUCAUGAUUCUCGUGGAUCAAACGCACGUUCGGAUGUUUUGUCAUCCGGUAUGUAGUGUCAAAUUAGCUUCGUGCGAAUUCUCGUUGGAUGACCUUAAUGAAUCAAUCCACAUCACAAACGCCUAUGUCCAGCAAAAGUAUCGCUAUCAAACGAGUAAUCCAAAUUUGCCGGCACAUCACAUGUGGAGUUUGGGCACAUUAAUUUUGUAUAUUGAGAGUAUUCGGGGCGACGGACACAUGUGGAAUGAAAAAGUUUAUCCGACCAUGAAAAGAACUUUAGAAUCGUUAUUUUGGAUCAGCGUGGAAAAUAUUGACCUAACUCCUGGAAGAUUUGAAUUGUUUGGAUGUGAUUGGAUUAUCACUAAUGAUUAUAAGCCGUAUUUGCUGGAAGUGCAAAGGCCGCCGGGCAUGGGAAUUUUCAGUCCUGUUUCACGGAUUGUUUGUCCUUCGAUCUUGAGGGAUGUUGUGAAAGUUUCCGUUGAUUACUUUAUCGACAAAACCGCGUCAACGGGAGAUUUUGAAUUAGUUUGCGAAGUUCCUUUUAGUGAAGUAGAAAAAAUGAGGAAAAAUAAAGAAAAGCAAUAA